AUGUCGUGGAAAUUGACAAAGAAAUUGAAGGAGACGCACCUCGCCCCUCUGAUCAGUGGUUCGAGUCGAACUACGUCCACGUCGACAGUAAAGGCAGAGGAUGCAUCCCCUGCUCAGGAAUCGCCUGACCUCUCGACAAUCCACAGCAACACCAGCACAACUUCAGCAAAUGGAAUAGCGGCCUCCGAGCAACUCACCUCACCCCCAGUCCAAACCACCAAGCCCGGUAUUCUGAUUGUGACGCUUCACGAAGGCAAAGGCUUCUCCUUGCCCCAACAGUACCAGUCAGUUUUUAACAACCACUAUGGCUCGGGUCAGUCGGGAUCGGUCAGACCAAGUUCAUCCUACGCCGCAGGGUCCAUGGCAGGAUCAUAUGCCCCCAGCAAUCGGCCAGUGUCAACCCACGCUGGAAUCAAUGCGGCUCCAACCAUCCAUGGAAGAUACAGCAGCAAAUACUUGCCUUAUGCUCUGCUCGACUUCGACAAACUGCAAGUGUUUGUCGAUGCAGUAUCAGGCACGCCGGAGAAUCCUUUGUGGGCUGGAGAUAACACCUCCUUCAAAUUUGACGUGUCAAGAGUGUGCGAGCUCAGCGUCCAGCUGUAUCUCCGCAAUCCUGCUGCAAGACCUGGCGUGGGUAGAAGUGAAGACAUCUUUCUCGGCGGUGCCCGGGUCACCCCGAGAUUCGAGGAGGCUCGGCAAUUCGUUGCAGACCCGAAGAAGAGCAAGAAGGAUAAUGAGAAAGCUGAAGCGGCCUUCAAUGCGCAGGAGAAGCAAGCAGGUCAGCUGGGGGCUGAGUGGGUGGACAUACAGUUUGGUACCGGCUCUAUUAAGGUUGGCGUCAACUAUGUCGAAAAUCGUCAAGGCAGCCUCAAAAUCGAUGAUUUCGAGCUCCUCAAAGUUGUCGGCAGAGGCAGCUUCGGAAAAGUCAUGCAGGUCAUGAAGAAAGACACUGGUCGAAUUUACGCCCUCAAGACCAUUCGAAAGGCGCACAUCAUCUCUCGGUCCGAAGUGGCGCAUACCCUAGCGGAAAGAUCGGUGUUGGCGCAGAUCAACAAUCCUUUUAUCACACCUCUCAAGUUCUCUUUCCAGUCGCCAGACAAGCUUUACUUCGUCUUGGCUUUUGUCAACGGAGGAGAGUUGUUCCACCAUCUACAGAAAGAACAGCGUUUCGAUAUCAACCGAUCCCGCUUCUACACCGCAGAGCUACUGUGCGCUUUGGAAUGUCUGCACGGCUUCAAGGUCAUCUACAGAGACUUGAAACCAGAGAACAUUCUACUGGAUUACACAGGGCACAUUGCUCUGUGCGACUUCGGUUUGUGCAAGCUGGAUAUGAAGGACGAAGAUCGUACAAACACUUUCUGUGGUACACCUGAAUACCUCGCCCCUGAGCUUCUUCUCGGCCACGGCUACACGAAGACUGUCGAUUGGUGGACUCUCGGUGUCCUCUUGUAUGAGAUGCUUACCGGCCUGCCCCCUUUCUACGACGAGAACACCAACGAAAUGUACCGCAAGAUUCUGCAAGAACCUCUACAUUUCCCCGGCCCGGAGAUCGUUCCUGCGGCAGCCAAGGAUCUACUUCAGAAGCUGCUCGACCGCAACCCGGAGCGCCGGCUGGGAGCUGGGGGGGCGGCAGAGAUCAAGGCUCAUCACUUCUUUGCAGGCAUUGACUGGAGGAAACUGUUACAGAGAAAGUACGAGCCAAGCUUCAAGCCCAAUGUGGUUGACGCACGCGAUACAGCCAACUUCGACAAAGAAUUCACGUCCGAGGUGCCCAAGGAUUCGUAUGUGGAGGGCCCGGUCCUUUCUCAGACCAUGCAACAGCAGUUUGCCGGCUGGUCAUACAAUCGACCUGUUGCAGGAUUAGGUGAUGCCGGGGGCAGUGUCCGGGACCCGUCGUUUGGAAGCAUUCAAUAG